AUGUAUAGGAUAUUAAGCCAGAAUGAUAAUGAAUCAAAUGACAACGAUGAGAAAAAUGUAAAAAUCUUGGCAGAUGACGAGGCGUUAGACGCAAAACGUUGGAAGCGACGUCAUGUGGUGGCUGUUUUGGCUUUGCUCGGAUUUGCGAACAUUUAUGCGAUGAGGGCAAAUUUGAGCAUUGCCAUAGUUGAAAUGACAUCAGGAGGGGAGAAAAAAGUCAACGGAACCAUUUUGCAUGUUCAUGGUGACUUUGAGAAUUGGACCCCAAUGACUCAAGGAGUGGUUCUCAGCUCAUUUUUCUAUGGAUACAUUGUAUCUCAAUUACCCGGAGGAUAUCUCGCUUAUACUCAUGGAGCAAAAACCGUUUUCUUUGCUGGCACAUUUGGAACCGCUGUCUUCACUCUUCUCACUCCGCCGUUUGCUCGAAUGGGAUAUGGAAUGCUCGUUUUCGCUCGUUUCAUGGAAGGAUUACUGGAAGGAGUCACUUAUCCAGCGAUGCAUGUCAUCUGGAGCCGAUGGGCUCCCCCGUUAGAACAAACAAAAUUGGCUACAUUUGCAUUUUCUGGAUCUUACUUUGGAACAGUCAUUGCUAUGCCAUUGUCAGCAUACUUGGGAGAAAACUUUGGAUGGCCUAUGAUUUUCUGGUUCUUCGUCUGGUUCAAAACAGUGCAUGAUCGACCAGAGGAUGAUCCAAAAAUCACAACAUCUGAGCUUGCUUUACUACAGCGUGAUGCCUUCAGCCAGAGCCAUUAUAUGGUCCCAUGGGGACAGAUUCUCCGCUCCAAGCCGGUCUGGGCAAUCAUCAUGGCACACAGUGCCCAAAACUUUGGAUUCUACAUUAUGCUAACCAAUUUGCCAAAAAUGCUAAAGGACAUUGCUGGAUACAAUGUCGAAAAAGCCGGUUUUGCAAGCAGCCUUCCGUAUUUCUUGAUGGGAUUUCAAAUAAUCACUGGAGGACAACUAUGCGACUACUUGAGAAAGAAUAAGCAUUACGACACACUCUUUGUGAGAAAAGUGGCAUGUGCUUUAGGAUUUGUGGGGCAAUCAGUAUUCUUAUUCCUCGUCAUGACAACGUCAAACUCAUUUCUCCUCGUACUCUUCUUCUCGAUCUCAAUAGGACUUGGUGGAAUUUGCUGGUGCGGAUUUUCGGUCAAUCACUUGGACUUGGCACCACAAUAUGCUGGACAUCUGAUGGCCGUCUCGAACACAUUUGCCACUAUUCCCGGAAUUUUCGGACCACUUCUUGUCGGAGCAAUUGUAGAGAAUGGAAUUAUCUCGGAAUGGAACGUAAUCAUGUACAUAAUAAUAUCUAUCUACCUGGCUGGUGGAGCACUCUUCUGGAAGUUUGCUGACGCUUCACUACAACCAUGGGCAUCGGACCACACUUCUUUUGUCGGACAGCUUGAAUAG